CCGCAUGCGGAUUCAUACGAAUUUUCUCACCUCGCGAUUUUUAGUUUUUCGGUUCGGUGGCUCAAAGUCGUUGCAGUUUUUCAAUGGGAAAUGUUUGAUUAUUUUGAUUGCGGUUAUUGAGUUCGGAGUGAAUGUUUAGUGAAUCGAUCAUAAGAAGUUCAACUAUACUAUGAAGACAAUUUAAUAAUUGAUUUGCUUUAAAUAACAAAAAUUUAGUUUUUAGGUAUUUUAGGCCAAUCAAUAUAGUGUCGAUAUCCUAUAUCCCCCUCGAAAAGGAAAUUACUUUUGACCAUUUAUCGUUUGUCCUGAUUCCUGGAAUGCGAAUAAAAUAAUCAAACAAUGGAUAACAUCACCGAUACAACUUCAAUAACGCUUGAAAGCUCAAGAUUCUGGUGCCAAAAAGUUUUAGUUCCAAUUAUGGUUUGUGUGGGAAUCACCGGAAAUAUUAUAACUGUUAUGGUAUUAACAAGGAGAAGAAUGAGGUCCUCAACAAACAUCUAUCUAUCAGCUUUAGCCAUAGCUGACAUAAUCCACUUAUUUUUUGUAUUUCUAUUGUCAUUUAAACAUGACAAGGUUAUUCACGAAAGGAAAUAUGAGCUUUAUUGGAGAUUUUAUGGAUUGACUCAUUGGUUAUGUGAUGCAGCAAGUAGUACCUCAGUAUGGCUAACAGUGUCAUUUACAAUAGAACGCUACAUAGCAGUGUGCCAUCCAAUGAAAGGCAAAUACUUUUGCACGGAAAACCGUGCCAAAACAGUCACAGUCAUAGUCUACAUAUUAUGCAUCCUGACAACACUUUCUACAUCAUUUGAGUACCAACUUACAUUAAACGACACUGUAGUUUGUGAUAACAAUUGUCAAUUUGAAAAUACCACUAAUCAAGAGGGGCAUUAUUUACCAAAAAAUACUAGAAAUGUUGAGGCUGAGAAUAAUGUUUUCCUUAAUCCAAACUUAAGCAAAGCCCUUGAAAACAUUUUGAGUAAUUGUACUUAUAACCAUCCUCAUAUAAUUUAUGUUUAUCCUCAAAAUAAUACAGCUAAGUCAAGGAGUAUUCCUGAUUAUUCUGAUUAUUCAAACAAUAUGACAAUAGUGCACAAUAACGAGACUCAAACAAAAUCAUGUUGUAAUACAAAAUUGUACAUUGAUGUUGAAUCUACUAAUUUGGGCAAACAUUACACGUACACUACUAUAAUGUAUUGGUAUACUGCUUUAAUAUUUGGAAUGGUGCCUCUAAUAUUGAUUGCAGUUUUCAAUUGCUUCUUGAUUAGGCAGGUGUAUGUUUCGAGGUGCAAGAGACGUAUAAUGACUAGGACUAAUACACAAACUUCACAGUCUGAUACACCAUCAAACGAAAAUCGUAUAACACUGAUGCUAAUAGCUGUAGUAGUAAUGUUUUUAAUAUGCCAAAGCCCUACAGCUUCAUAUUUGAUUUACUACAACUUCAACCCAGCUUUAACCCAGCGACAAAAAAACAUUGAAAGCAUCCUAGGCAACAUCUUCAACUUCUUAUUGACAAUCAACGCCUCUUGCAACUUUUUACUGUACAGCAUCAUAUCGAAAAACUUCCGCAGCACUUUUAAGCAACUCUUUUUCAAUCGGAAAAGUCCCACAGAUGUCAUCAGGCUUGCCUCGUUGAGGAGCAAUUCGCAAAGAUUCAACCCUUUCCGACACGGAAUUACGCGCAACGCCUCAGAAUACCGAACUCCUCGCAACCUGGAGACGUCAAGCCUACAAGAGUUGCCUCGGUCGAGAUCUCUUAUAGUUCGUCCUAGUGGAAAUGCAACUGAUUAGAUUGUUUGAUGGUUAUUGGGAAUUGUAGAAUUAAUUUGUAAAAGUAUUAUUUGUAUCUGUACCUGUUUAUAUAUUAUAUUAUAUUAGUAU